AUAAAUUGUUUUGUACGAAUAUUCAUUUCCAUGGCUAUAAAACUGGAAUUCUAACCCUUGGUUAGGGUUUCCGCGCCUUUCGAUCUCUCUACUAAGUUUCAUUUAUGGCGUUAUUGCUCUUAUAUAUUACUCUGUCGUAAAAGAUUUUUGGUUGUUUUUGGGCUAUGGUACUGCUGGAAUGAUAGUUAUUGCUCUUGGUCUUGAUCUGAAAUUGAAUUUGAAUCGGGCAAGGAUUUGAAGGGGACCGUAGACUCAUGUAGUUAUGGAUUUAGAGAGUGAAAGCUCUGCUCGUGAAUCUGUACAAGAUAACGAAGUAACCGAAAGAAGUAUUUCUCAUGAUGCUGAUGACAAGGUCAAGAAUAAUGGGUCAUGCGCAAAUGAAAUUCAUGGGUUGACCUAUUUUCAGAAUUUGAAUGCCGAUUCACCUCCUGCUGAUAAGCUUGAAAAGGGUGCUGAAACUGCUCUAUCAGGGAAUCUCGGUUCACCGGGUGCUACAUCCCCGGGGGUCACCUCGCCUCCUACCACGAAAGGCUAUGGGUUGAAGAAAUGGAGGCGGAUUAGGAGAGAUUCUGUGAAGGAUACGACUCCCACUGUGGAUAACAGUAAGAUUUUGAAGCGGGGCUUAUCAGUUUCAUCUAACAAUCAAUCCAAACCUACGCAUUUGCCAUCAAUUGAGAUCAAACAAAAUAGUGACGGUUCUGUAGGAUCUGCAAAUCUGUUAAAGAAUACUGGUGUGGCUGGUGGGUUCACAAUACAGGGCUCUAGUCCUGAUUCCAGGUUUGCUGUAGGGAAUGCUUUUUCAGCCGCCACAGAUUCUGAAAACAGCGAGGACUGGAGUAGCAAAUCAUCGACCGCGGCCAGUGCUCCAAAAGUCAGGUACAACCUGCCUACUGCAUCGGGAUAUAUGAGGGAUAAGAAUCGAGUUAAGAGUUUGAAUGGGAAGAGUGUGGGUAAUUCAGCUCAACGGGUUCAACAGGGGAAAGGGCGGGUUGAAACCAGUAAGAAGCCUAGAGGAGAAAAGGUCAAAGUCGAGAAGGAAAAUUCUCAUUCCAGCAUGGAAUCUGACUCCAGAAGCUCCAACUUUGUCUUUAUGCAGGGUGCAACUUCUAGGACCAGUAAUGGAAAGCAAUGUGGAAGGGCAAUGAAUUAUGAUGGGGAAAACAACGACGAAGUUCAUGCAAGUGAAGAACAGUUCAAUGAGGAAGUUCAAACUGCUUAUCGGAUAGAUACUGGGGUAGAAGAAUUCGAGGAUCUUUUUCAGGACGAUUUAGCUGCAGACUUGUCUUGGGAGGUUAAAGAAGAAAAGAGUGAGAACAACUGUCCAGCAAUGAAUCAGGAUCCACUGAUGGAGUCUAUCCUCGGCCUUCAGUCGGUGCAGGAUGCCCUUGAAAAAGAAAUCGAAAGGUUUAGGGAAAUUAGAAUGGAACCCAUAUCUCUACAUGAUGAAGCAGUUAAGGAUUGCGGCGCAUCUGCAGAUUCCAUCUUUACUGUUACACAAAUCCAUGAACCAAGCUCAUCUGACCAGUUGGGUGCUGAAAAAUUUGGGCAGAAUGGUUCAAGUUCCUUGGAACCUCAGGUAUUAAGCUUGAUAGAGAAUGUAAAGCAUUUGAAGAGCAAACUUGAUGCGGCAACUGUCACGCUCGACCUGAAGGAAAAAAGGAUUUGUGAGCUGGAAUCCUCUCUAAAUGUUAGCAAGUCAGUGAAGGGAGAAUCAGGGAGCACUAUAGAGUUGCAGCAGGAGAAAUGUAGAGACAUGGAAUCUGAGCUCGAAGGUCUCUUUCAGCAAAAGAUAGAGACUGAAAUCGAGUAUCUGGCACUAAAAAGGACAAUACAGACAAUGAGAGGCGCCACGAGCAAUCAGAUCAUGCUUUUUGAAGAACAGAAAACACUUGCAGGGGAGCAAGCGGAGAUACAGAGCAAGCUUGGAGAAGUAGAGAACAAGGCUGCAGAAUUAAAGAAACAAGCAGAGGAGUUGGAGAAGUGUUGUGAGGACAUUUUUGGAACCGAAGAAAUCUUGAUAACACAGAGGAGGAUCUACAAGGUUACUUCAUGUUUUUCUAUACAGUUGAUUUUAUUGCUGUUAGUAUGUUGGCUGUUUGUCUCACAGUUGUCACCCCGUUCGAGGGUAGUUGUACCCACCUGAUAAAAUAGGCCUUCUUUUUUCUCUUAGUCAAUGGAAAAUUUACUAGGCAAAGAUUUCAGUGUUCAGUUUA